AUGCUAAUUGCACACCUAUUCCUAUUGUUUCAAUUGCCAUGCAGCGAUGCCAAGAGUAUCUCCAUUGUUCCAAACUACCAGGAGAUCGCAGGCAAAAACUCUUCCAGGAACUCCACCCACAAUGCACUCGACCAGAAGACAAACUCCACCAGCAGAAGGCCUCCAUCUUCAUCCGAUGCCCGUUCUGCUACUGCUCCGGCCCCCGUCGUCAGCAUUAAGCGAAUUAAGCGAGCCAGGACAGAUCUGCCGAAAUAUACAUUCACGUUCGAUCAGGCGCACCUGCCCUGCGACUAUGACGUUAGCGGAUCAUAUAAAUUUAUGGAUGAUUUUCCCAAAUACUGUAGAGAUUCGUAUGAGCAAAGAUUCAUGAGUGAGGCGGAAUAUCGCAUGUACAUGCUGUAUCAAACGGAAGGCUUCUUCUUUGGCCAGUACCAUGAGCGCAUGAUACGCUUCGAGAAAGAUGUCCACACCUUUGAUUACACGGACACGGGCUUUUAGGUAUUUAUAUGUGUUGCUGUUUGUAGCAAUUAAAUUAUCGGUUGACAGUGUCCUCCCUGGUGCUUGUUCUUGCUG